AUGGCUCCUCACUCCAUCUGCGCUCUGUGCGGGAUCAUUAUAGCUGCUGUCACGCACUUCCAUGGAGUGGACGCUCAGAAAAGUUGCAACAGCAAAGAGUUCUGGAACUCCGACUUGGACGUGUGCGUCCCGUGUGCAUCGUGUAAACAGUAUCCCAAGACCCCGUCCUGCAACACAUGUAAAUCCAUAGACAACACUCCGGACUGGGAGCAGCGCUACUCAUCGGGGUCAUGGUUCACCUACGCAAGUCCCACAGGAGGCCUCUACGCGAACCUAUUGAAGAAACUGCAGGACCUCUUUAUCAAGCUUAGCAUCAAGCCUGAGGUCCACUCUCUCAUACUGUGA